UCUAUGGUAUCUGUUGCCAAGCAACGCCUUUGUUCUGAGCAAGGUAGGAAGUGGCGUCUUCUCUAAACUGGCAGCAGCCGGAACAUCCCGGAUCUGACCGCCGCCUGCGCUGUCGCGAUUAAACGUGAUUUGGGUAUCGCGACAGGGAAGCCCUGAGAGGCGGAGGUCUUCGUGGCCGCGAGGGUGAAGAGACUUGGCAGCAUGGCUCGGGGGCAGCAGAAGAUCCAAUCCCAACAAAAGAAUGCCAAAAAGCAGGCGGAGAAGAAGAAACAUGGCUGUGAUCAGAAGGCUGCAGCCAAAGCUGCACUGGUCUUCACGUGCCCAGUGUGCCGGACACAGAUGCCAGACCCCAAAACAUUCAAGCAGCACUUUGAGAGCAAGCAUCCCAAGUCCCCAAUGCCCCCUGAACUAGCGGACGUGCAAGCGUAGUGUGAUCUUGUGAUUUGUCCUCAGCUGAUGAAUGCACUGAUUGGCAUGGGUUUGGCAUCAAAAGGGGCCCCCCUUCUUCCAUUCUGUUCCUUUUCCUCACCUUACCUAUCCUGAUUUAAGCAAACAUGAGAGAAGUGGGAAUAUCUGGACUGUCGCCACUAUGGUUACUAUUGACUUGCAGGAUAGCCUUAUACCCCAUGUGGAAUGGGUUACCAGACGGAGUGUUUGAUGGGUGUUUGGGGGUUAAUUUCUAGUACACACAUGGAGUUAUUUUAAAACCAAGCCAGUUUAUUAUAUAGACUUAUGAUUAGCCCUUCUGCGCUUUGAUAAUACAGCAGUGGUUUGGUGGUGUGGACUGAUACGCUUUGCGUAAGAA